AUGUCAGAGGAAAGCACUACUACUAUUACUAGUUCGACAACUGCAGAGGUUGAAGAGACGACAACAGAUAACAACAAACAAACCAUAGUUGAAAGUAUCAAACAAGCAAUGGCUGAAAAGAUGCUCAACGGCACCUAUGACGCUCAAGGUGAAGAAGAACAAAACUACAAUGAAAUACAUAAAGACGAUGAUGAAGAUGAUGAAGAAGACGAAGAUGAUGAAACACCUGUCUAUGAAAUCACUGCAACCGAUCAUAUUAAUGCUUCUUUAAUGGAAUCAUUCAAGAAUAAAUUUGAAAGUGGAGAUUUGCAACAAAGAGACGAUGAAAUCAUUGAUAAUGGAGAAUGGGAUGAUUAA